GUCGUCCACGUGCGUGGCUUCACGACGCUCAGGCUCCACACUGAAAGUCGGUGCGGCCUGCCUGCGAGUUCCUUAAAUAUAAUUAAGGAAUAUAGGCAACAUGUUCUACACUCAUGUGCUUAUGACUAAACGAGGGCCAUUGGCCAAAAUAUGGCUUGCAGCUCACUGGGAGAAGAAACUCACAAAGGCCCAUGUGUUUGAGUGUAAUAUAGAGAUAACCAUUCAAAAAAUUCUUUCACCUAAGGUGAAAAUCGCACUCCGAACUUCAGGACACCUUCUUUUGGGAGUUGUUCGAAUCUAUAAUAGGAAGGCAAAAUAUCUUUUGGCAGAUUGCAGUGAAGCAUUUCUUAAGAUGAAGAUGACAUUUCGCCCAGGACUGGUUGACCUCCCAAAAGAGAAUUUUGAAGCAGCUUACAAUAGUAUCACAUUACCUGAAGAAUUUCAUGAUUUUGACAUCUAUAGUAUGAAUGAUAUUGAUAUUUCAAAGCCUCUUGCUCAGAACCAAAGUAAACCAGAGGAAAUCACACUUAGAGAAGAAUAUAGCAGUGAUCUACUUUUCCAAGCUGGGAGCUUUGGGGAUGAACCCGAACUUCUCAGAAGACAUAGAUUCUUUGAUGACAACAUAUUAAUGAACUCCAGUGGUCUUGUAGUUGAACAUAGUUCUGGAAGCCUUGAUGAGGAGAAGUGUUUGUUCUUUGAUAAUGGAGAUGGAUUUGGAGAUGAAGGAGCUGCAGGAGAAAUGAUUGACAAUCUAUUGCAAGAUGAGAAUACCUUUUUAGAAGACAUAUGUUCAGACAAAGAAAUUUCUCUGCCUCCUGAAUUUCCCAGUAGUAUAAUAGUAGAACCAGGUAAUUCAGAUGACCAAUAUCUACCUGAAGAUGAAAAUUUAAAUGAAACAACAUUACUAUCAAAUGAAGAAGAAGGAUUUGCUCUUGACCCAAUUGAUAGUUUAGACAUUGCUGCUAAUAGAAGGAAAAGAGGAAAGAGGAGAUUGCUCAUAGAUCCAGUCAAGGAGAUAAGUAGUAAGACUAUGCAUAAGCAGCUUACGUCCUUUGUGGACACUCUUAUGGUUCUGGACCUUGCACCCCCCACACAAAGACUGAUGAUGUGGAAGAAGAGGGGAGGAGUGGAUACACUUCUGUCAACUGCCACCCAGGAUUUGAUUCAUGAUGAACUGAAAAUGUUGUUUUCAAAAUGCUUCCUGACCACUGACUUUAAGCUUACAAAAUUAAUACAGAAGGAGGCAGUUUGGGGAGACCACAACAUUCCAGAACCCUCAGUGAUGGAAGAGCCAAAUUCCCACAGAGAGUUAGGUCAACCCAAAGUUUGGAAGAAUGUGAUUGAUGAAUCUAUGGGUAGCUUUCAAGAGGACUUCAGUAUGAAUAUUAACUCUGAGCAGGAUAUUUUUGAAACAGUUUUUCCAGCUGCUGAGGGAUCAUCUUCAAUGAAUGCUUCCUUGGCCCAAGAAAAUUUUCCAACUGAGCUGGAGUCAUCAGACAGAAAACAAAAUAUUGAGGCAGAGAAAUGGAAUCAAAGAUUAUUUCAAACACUAAAUGAAUUACGGGAAUUCAGCAGGAUGGGAAUACAGUCCUUUAGUCUGAUAGAGCUAUGCAAAGAUAGCAACCGAAAACAGGCAGCUGCCAAAUUUUAUACCUUUCUUAUCCUGAAAAAACACCGAGCUAUUGAGCUGAACCAGAGUGUUCCCUAUGCAGAUAUUACAGCUACAGUGGGACCAAAGUUCCAUAAGAUGUGAAAGAAAGCCACAGCAGGCAGGCUUAUACCAUCACUGGCACUUCUGCAUAGACUGUUCAGUUUGAUGAGGAAGCCAUCUGGAAGGAGCUAAUGGUCUGACCCAUUUCAUAGGCAGGCUACCCUCCCAUUUUCUAUCUAGAAGUUAGAACAAACACUACCAGAAUUGGAAACCUGUGUGGGGACAGUUAAGUAAUUUUUUAACUUAGCUGAUUUGAAUAUAUAGCAUUUAUCAUUGCCCUGAUCUAAAUGUUGCAUUUAGGUUGUGUUUAGCAUAUAUUAUAAAAUACUGUGUAUCUCCAGGAAACAUUCCAAGGGUGUUUGUAAAAUACUCUUUUGCAUUGGAUUAUUAAAGUUAGUGGGGCUAAUGAAUAGUUGAUAUUUUCUUACUUGUAGAUAUUAGUUUAUUUGACCUUUGUAUCAUUGAUAGUGUCUAAUUCUCUGGGUUUUAAUCAAAUAUCUUAGUUAAAGAUUUAUAAAAUUUCCUUUAAAUUACCUGUGUAACCUUUAGUCUGUUUGUGGGUCAUUUAACUUUUUCAUUUACUAUUUAAUAACUUUUAUUGUCACCGUUAAUGUCUCAGCAAAAUCAAAUCUGCUUAUGUUAAAAAACAAAAUAACAACAAAAAACCUAGCAGACACUUGUUAAUGUUUUACCUACUGGUUCAUUCUCAGCAAAGACCACUGAAACGGGUUCUUUUACUUUAUGUGUAUUGAGCAUUUUUGACAGUAAAAUAAUUUUCCUUAAUUGAUGUUUGAGUCAAAAAUUUGCCUAUGCUCUAUGAACUUCAAAGUACAUUGUAAAAUAUGGCCUAUGGUACUGUAAAUAAUGGUGCUGAAGUUACAUUGUAAACUACUUAAUUCUAAAU